AUGAAUGAUCAGGCAAUUAAAAUUGAACCACCAGAAUAUUCACCAGAAGACAUUAAACACGAAAUGGAGGAUGAUUUUGAUGAUCCCGACGUUAUUGUUAAAUCUGAAUCGUGUUCUGAAGAUAAUGAUACGUGUUUAGAAAGAUUUAUGAAUUCCGAGGUAACAAUCGAAGAAGAAGUUAAACAGGAGUCAUUUGAAAAGUCACAUGCUGAUACACAGUGGAGUACACACGCCCAUGAAUGCAAUAUAUGCAAGAAGACAUUCACACAAACAGGUAGUCUGAAAAGACACAUGCUCAUUCACAUUGGAGUACAACACGCCCAUGAAUGCAAUAUAUGCAAAAAAAAAUUUACAGAAAGAAGUAAUCUGAAAAAACACAUGCUGAGACACAGUGGAGUACGUCCCCAUGAAUGCGAUAUAUGCAAUAAGACAUUCACAGAAUUAGAUAAUUUAAAAUUUAUUUUCGAAACCAUGGAUUGGAAUUUAGAUCCUUUCUACACGGACACGUGUAGUGCUGCAACAAUACAGAGUACAAAGAAAGGAUUCUUUUUCGAUUAUGUCGAUCAUGUGUUGAACACUGUUGGUGAAAAGUGGUUGCAGAAAAAAUUUGCAAAUUCGGAAAGUGAUGAACAGAGAAUUAAAAGUUUGCUUAGUGACAAGAAGUCUUCGAAAGCUGUCCUCGACACCUUAGGGCGGGUUGUCGCCCUAUACCGCGGUAAAGACGCCGCGGUGUCCCGAGAAAAGCGCCUUCAAGGAGAUUUGGCCCUAAGGGCGGGAAGUCCGAGGAAGGCAGUUGCCCUAUAUAGUCAAGCUGUACUUAGGGCACCGAUUUCAGGAGCGGAUAAUUCUAUAGACGCCGGUCUAAGUCUUCCCUUAGCUUUAUGGUGCAGGGCGAGUGCCCUAAGUGCCUUACCAGAAAACGAAGCCAUUUUAUGUGAAACCCCAAAAAAAUGUGUUCCAGCAAUUUUGGCAAUAUCAGAUCUACAAGAAGCUAUGAAGACAGGUCUGCCAUCAACUCAGAAAGGAGAAAUGUAUAGACGUAUGGGAAAAUGUUACACAGUUAUUGGUGAGUACGCCCGAGCAAGAGUUUCAUUUGGUCUUUCCAAACGAAUGUUGGAAGAAAUUGUUGAUCAAGAAGCAUUGGCUCGCCUAGAACUAGAUCUUCUUGAAUUGGAGAUGAUGGAAAAAGAACAGCCUGACAAGAAGUUAAAAAUUGGAGAUUCUACAACGCAGUUGCCCCCUUUGUCCGGCGGUAAACACGCAUCCCUCUCGGGGGCCUGCGCUAAUAUGGGAGUCAGAGAAGACCCUGGGAGCGCCGGACGAUACGUGGUCGCCACGAAGCCUCUGAAGACGGGCGAUACCGUUCUUGUAGAAUCGCCCCUUGGGGCAUGUCUUUCUCAUGACAAAUACGGAACGCACUGCUAUCAUUGCUUCGAAAGAUUACAAGCUCCUAUAGGAUGUACAGACUGUGCAGCAGUUGCAUUUUGUUCAACAAAAUGUCGUGACAAAUCACUGGAAACUUAUCAUCGAUACGAAUGCCAUUAUUUAGAUUUAUUAUUUGGUUCCGGAAUGAGUAUCCUAUGCCACUUGGCCCUAAGAUUAGUUUGCCAACACCAAACACCAAGUAAGGCCCUUGGUUCACUAACCGGCGAUUCGGGGAUUUUUAGUAAAUUAUGUACGCACAGAGACCGAAGGGCCCCCAAAGACUACGCCAUGAGGGCCUUGAUGGCCCUUUUUUUGACCACGUGUCUGAAACGUUCGGGAUUCUUCGGGCAAGAGGAAUCGGACAAUAAAACUAAACAAGUAAAUUUCACAGAUGAACAAAUCCAAAUAGCUGCAACAUUAGUGCAUCUACUGCAAAUGUUGCAGUUCAACGCGCAUGAGAUGUAUGAAACACGUUUGGGACCGGAUCACAUAUUCACCGGUUCAAAACCAAUUUCGAUUGGCGUUGCAGUUUACUCAACUGGAUCGCUUUUCAAUCAUGAUUGUUAUCCAUCUGUUAUAAGAUACUUUAUCGGAGAUCGCAUAGUUUUACGAUGUGUUCGUCCUAUUGCUGCCGGUGAAAUGAUUUCCGAAAACUAUGGCCCAAUUUUUACAAAAAGGACCCUAGCCGAAAGACAACGAAAUUUAGGGUCACGUUACUGGUUUAAAUGUUCCUGCCAAGCUUGUCAAGAAGAUUGGCCGACGUUCAAAAAUAUGGACAACAAUGCAAGAAUAAGGUGUCCAAGUCCACGAUGUACAAAAUUACUUCAAAAGCCAUCAGAUCCACAUAAACCAGUCAGAUGCACCGGUUGCAAAAAAAAUGUAGUUUUGAAGGACGAAAUGUUAGAAUUAUUGGAAUGUCAACAAAAAUAUCAGGACGCCGCCCAAUUGAUGGAGGAAGAAAAUGGCCAAGAAGCAAUCUCGCUAUUCUGUUCGGCCCUGGACAGAUUCCACUUGGUGGCUUCAGGGCCGCACAAGGACACCCAUGUCGCUCAAGAGGCCCUCAGAUCCUGCAUGGCCUGCACUGGAAAUACUUUCAGAAAUCCAAAAUCUAAUAAUCAAAAUAUCAUCGAAGAAGAUGUCAUGCCUAGAGUGGCUCCGACGUGUACCAUCACUGAAAUCGACUAAAAAAAAGAAUAAUAUUUGGUAGAAGAACAAA